AGGUAGUGUGUUAUUACCUCGGCCGCCCUCCGUCAAGGUGUUGGAUCCCUGCAGGUGUACUGCGGUGGCUGGUCCCGUUGGUCUUGGCCCUUACCUUCAGUUUGCCUCAGAUAUUGACUUCGCUGAGCUACACGACCUGAAGAAAGUGAACCCGUACCUGAAGGUGGUGGCGUCGUUGGGAGGGAGCAGCGUCAAGUCCGAGACCUUCUCCCUCAUCACUUCGUCAGUAGAAGGAGUGGCGAACUUCACAGAGGCCGCAGAUGCCUUCCUUCUUCAGAGUAAAGUGGACGGUAUCGAGGUGGACUGGCGAUGGCCGGGUCAGUCUCCAGGUCAUAAGGACAAGGAGGAUGUCAACACACUUAUGAAGGUACUACGACUUGUUCUGGAUCAACGAGUCCACAGCGUCAGUCGCAGAGAGGUAACAGAAGAGGAUGAACCCACCACUACCCUGGAGCCCACUACUCUGUUGCCCACCACCCUCCAACCCACGACCCCCCAAUCCACGACCCCCCAAUCCACGACCCCCCAAUCCACGACCCCCCAAUCCACGACCCCCCAAUCCACGACCCUUCAACCUACCACUCUGGGUCACAUGACGACUAUCUUGCCCCUGGAGGCGAUGGUCGUCACUGAAGAUGUGUUAACCACCUUCGCCACACAGGAGGACAUUAUGGGUCUUGACUACCUGGAGUUGGAGGUCGGCUCUGAGUAUGAGGUCACCCUCCAACCCCCCGAGAAUGAGGUAAGGCUCAAGGUGGAGGCCAUCAAGGAAAAGAAAGAGAACAAGGACUCCAACACGUACUCAAAGUCACAUGUACUCACCUCCCGAGGGCGAGUUAAAUUCAGAGAUUAUUUCAACGUAGAUGGAAUCCCUACCACAACCGCCUCACCAUCGAACACCACAGGUUGGAGAAUCGCCAAGACGUCAAGAAGAGGAGACCUGGAUGGUGUGAGGGACCAGGAACACCAACAACCAGAAGGGGAAACACUUGAAUCACCUCGUAAAAUCCCAACCACCUUGUUAAUGAUGACAGUCGCCCCUUACCCUGAAUAUAUAGUUAAGGGUUAUGAUCUGAAGGCCCUGACGAAGAUCGUUGACCUCUUCAGCCUUCCUACCCAUAACCUGACGAGCCAACACAGAGGCGACACUAAGAUGGAGACCUACCACCAUUCUCGGCUCAUGGGCGUCUCUGAUCUGCAAAAUGCUGACUCGCUAGUGGACCUGGUAGUAAGCCUGGGUGUUCCUCUUGAUCAUCUAGUGCUGGGUGUUCCCGCCUCUGCUGCAGUCUUCACUCUACAAGAUCCUGAACUCAACAUUCCUCGUUCACCUGCUCUUGACACUCCCAUCUUUACGUCUUAUCCUCAGGCGUGUACCAUGAUGGCGGCAGGGAACUGGACGGUAGAGAGAGAUGAAGACCUUACUGGGCCCUACGCCUUCUUCAACGACUCCUGGAUAGCCUUCGACGACCCUAUCAGCGUUAAGAUUAAGAGUAAAUACGUGUUACUGAGGGGUCUUGCUGGUGCCUCCUUACACGACCUUGAUCAAGAGGACUGGGAGGAGGAAUGUGGCCAGGGACCUCACCCUAUCCUCACUACCAUCUUCGACACCUUCACCCAGCUGGCCAGGACCCCACGACGGGCCCUCCUUCAGAGCCUAGUGGAGGAUCUAGAAGCCGAGGAGUCAUCUUUCAACGCCGUGUCUCUCGCCGCUGCCCCUGGGGACUUCCGUAACUCACCCUUCAGGAUUGUUAGGGUCGUUGACAGAACAGGUGCAAUUAAGGCUUACAGAGACAACUCAGACUCCCGCUUUGAGUGUUCACGCCAGGGGUACUACCGCGACCCUACUGACUGUUCCCAUUUCUACCGCUGCGUCAAGUUCGAUCAGUACGUAGACGACUUUACGGUGUUCGAGUACUCCUGCCCCCAUGGUCUGGUGUUCGACGACCGCUGGGAGGUCUGCGCCUGGCCCUCAGCGGCUCCUCCCUGCGAUGGCUCCUCUGAGAUCUUCCCCGUCCCCCGCAAGAAGUUCAUCUGCCCCGGAGAAGGUUAUUUCACUGACCCGGAGAACUGCCGGUGGUUCUUCGCCUGUAGGGACUAUUAUGGUAAUGGUACUUAUAUGCAGUAUGAGUUCCGGUGUCCGUUUGGUCUGGCGUACGAUGAAGCUAACGGCAUCUGUAACUGGCCCUGGCUGGUGAGCUCGUGUGGCCUCAGUGGUCAGGCACCUGGCAGAUAUAACGUGGACACUGGUGCUGCCCCUGUCAGUGUGGACUUGAUAGCAGGAGGAGGAGGUAGAGGAGGAAGAGGCAAGAAUAUCGGCAGAGGAAACGCAGCCAUUCAGAGCCUUCAUGACGGUAGUAGUAGUAGUGAGAGCUGCAUCAACUGUGGCUCUGCGGAAUUGACCAUCAGAGGCAAAGGUGUGUACAACGUGGAGAAAGGUCUUAUCAUCUCAACUGAACAGAGUGACGAGCGACUCUCUUACAAGAACUAUGUUGCGUCAGGACAAGCUUUAUUCUCUGACAACAACACCGGGGGUCGAGGCGGUUACAGAGGCCGGGACAAACAGACUGGUGGUGGCUCUUCAGGUCAGUUUGGUGGACGGACAGGCUCUUCAGGUCAAUAUGAUGGACAUUCAGGUUCAUCAGGUCAAUAUGACGGACAUUCAGGUUCAUCAGGUCAGUUUGGUGGACAUUCAGGCUCUUCAGGUCAGUUUGGUGGACAUUCAGGUUCAUCAGGUCAGUUUGGUGGACACUCAGGUUCAUCAGGUCAGUUUGGUGGGAGGCCCAGUCUACUUUCAGGCUCAUCAGGUCAGUAUGACGACAUUCAUACCAGGCUGCUUGGUGGACAGUCAGGCUCUUCAGGCCAGUUUGGUGGACACUCAGGUUCAUCAGGUCAGUUUGGUGGACAGUCAGGUUCAUCAGGUCAAUAUGACGGACAUUCAGGCUCUUCAGGCCAGUUUGGUGGACAGUCAGGUUCAUCAGGUCAAUUUGGUGGACAGUCAGGUUCAUCAGGUCAAUAUGACGGACAUUCAGGCUCUUCAGGUCAGUUUGGUGGACAGUCAGGUUCAUCAGGUCAAUUUGGUGGACAGUCAGGCUCUUCAGGCCAGUUUGGUGGACACUCAGGUUCAUCAGGUCAAUUUGGUGGACAGUCAGGCUCUUCAGGCCAGUUUGGUGGACACUCAGGUUCAUCAGGUCAAUUUGGUGGACAGUCAGGUUCAUCAGGUCAGUAUGACGGACAUUCAGGCUCUUCAGGUCAGUUUAGUGGAAAGUCAGGUUCAUCAGGUCAGUUUAGCGGAAAGUCAGGUUCAUCAGGUCAGUUUAGCGGACACUCAGGCUCUUCACAGGGCUCAGGAACUACCAGUGGCCGAGGGUCCUUCAGUAGGCCAGCCACCACAGCUCCUGCUUAUGAGUACAGCGCCCCAGCCACUGACACCCUGCCUUCCCCUGCACCACCCACCACCCCAGGUUAUGAUUAUACACCGCCCCGGCAGACCUUCGACCCAACAGCUUCCCAGUCUUCCAGUCGACCUUCUUCCCGUCGACCUUCUUCCCGUCGACCUUCUUCUUCAGCGUCUUCUUCAGGAUACGACUACACGGCUCCGUCAACGCCAUUCGACCCAGCACCUACAGCCAGACCAUCAGGUACAAGACGAACUUCGUCACCACCCUACACCUCCUCCUCCUCCAUCACCCCAGGACCUGUGCCAGUAAAUGUGUACACGCCAACACCUACAGCAAAACCUACUACAUCAGGCUACUCCUACUCUCCACCAUCUACUACCAGGGCUACUGUUAGGACUACUUCAGGAACCCGUAGACCCUCCACCGCCUACACCCCCGGCCCUACUCCUCGACCUACUACAGGAUACUCUUAUUCCCCGCCCUCAACGCCCUUCGACCAUUCUCCUGCUGCUUCAUUCCCAGAGUCCUCAUCAGAGGAAUCAGCCUAUACUCCUUCAGCGCCUUCAGGGACCUCACGGCCUACGUCAGGAUAUUCCUAUACUCCCCCCAGCACCCCCUUCGGCCCAGCCAGCUCUAUCACGGUGUCAAGACCCUCUCCUAUCACGUCAGCCCCUUCAUUAUCUCGCCCUCACACCUCCUCAGGGUACCAGACACCAAGGCCUUCCUCCCACAGCCAGAGUACCUCAUCUGGCGGUAGCGGCUUCACAACGCCUUCUUCAGGUGGGUAUUCUUACUCUAAGCCUGACGAGUCCUUUGAUCCAUUCGUCUCAAGCACAUCACGAACGAGACCAACAGGAGGAUCAUACACUCGGCCAAAACCCUACGACCCCGAGUCUGCCGAGAGCUCUGACGAAGGAGGUUACGAGUACCCACGACCACCUACACCACGGCCCUCUUCAGGCUACUCCUACACACCUCCAACCACAUCUUUCGAUCCUGUAAGUUCCUCUACAGGCUCUUCGUCUCAGCCCUCAUCCAGACCCUCAUCCAGACCUCCAUCCAGACCCACAACUCCGUCUUCAAGUGAGGAUGAUUCAACAAGCGGGUACUCGUAUCAGACCCCAGCUAGCCCUUUCACCUUUGUAACCGAACAGACUCCAGCUUUCACCCUAGCGCCUCGCCCCGUCUCUCCCUCCACCUACAAACCGCCUCGCCCGACCACACGCAGACCCCGACCGACCUCACGCAGACCCCAACCGACCACAUCCCCGACAUACAAACCCUCUCGUCCAACCACAUCCCCGACAUACAAACCCUCUCGUCCAACCACAUCCCCGACAUACAAACCCUCUCGUCCAACCACAUCCCCGACAUACAAACCCUCUCGUCCAACCACAUCCCCGACAUACAGACCCUCUCGUCCGACCACAUCCCCAACAUACAGACCGCCUCGCCCGAUCAUAACCACCACACGCAGACCCCGACCGACCUCACGCAGACCCAAACCGACCACAUCCCUGACAUACAGACCACCGACUCCUCCCCGACCAACACCAUCUCCCAGUUACGAAACCCCAGCCCGACCAACACCAACACCCAGUUACAAGCCAAGACCAUCCAGACCUAAACCGAACACAAUUUACGAACCUUCAAGACCUCGACCCACACCCACGCCUUCUCAGAUCAAGCCCACUGGAGGCUACUCAUAUCAGGAACCAGAUGUGCCAUUUAAUCUGAUACCUGGGUCCUCUGGUUCAGGUACAGGUCAUUUCUCUGGUUCUGCUGGUUCAGGUUCAAGCCACUUCUCUGGUUCUGCUGGUUCAGGCUCAAGCCACUUCUCUGGUUCUGCUGGUUCAGGUUCAAGCCACUUCUCUGGUUCUGCUGGUUCAGGUUCAAGCCACUUCUCUGGUUCUGCUGGUUCAGGUUCAAGCCACUUUUCUAGUUCUGCUGGUUCAGGUACAGGUCAUUUCUCUGGUUCUGCUGGUUCAGGUUCAAGCCACUUCUCUGGUUCUGCUGGUUCAGGUUCAAGCCACUUUUCUAGUUCUGCUGGUUCAGGUACAGGUCAUUUCUCUGGUUCUGCUGGUUCAGGUUCAAGCCACUUCUCUGGUUCUACAGGUCAUUCCUCUGGUUCUGGGGGUUCGACAGGUUCUCAGACAACUGGCUAUGUCUAUGAACCGCCAUCAGGUGGGAAAACGUUCGAUCCCCUCAGCCCAAGCGGUUCUACAGGCUCUUCACGCGGUUCUAGCAACAGUGUUCAGUCCGUAGAGGCACGUGGGCACUCAGGUAAAUAUGGUGGAUCGGAUUCUUCUGAAGAGGAUCACCGUGGAUCAAGUCAUUUCACAAUUGGUGGCGGAUCAGGAGGUAGCGGUGGAUCAGGAAGUCAUGGUGGAUCAGGAGGCCGUGGUGGAUCAGGAGGGAGUGGUGGAUCAGGAGGCAGUGGUGGAUCAGGAAGCCGUGGUGGAUUUGGUGGAUCAGGGGGUCAUGGCGGCAACGGUGGAUCAGGAGGCAGCGAUGGAUCAGGAGGCCAAGGUGGAUUAGGAGGCCGUGGUGGAUAUAGUGGAUCAGGAGGUCAAGGUGGAUCAGGAAGCCAAGGUGGAUCAGGAAGCAGUGGUGGAUUUGGUGGAUCAGGGGGCCAUGGCGGCAGGGGUGGAUCAGGAGGCAGCGGUGGAUCAGGCGGCGGUGUAGGUGGAGUGAUUCCUGGAGGUCCUAUUAAGUCCUACCCUUCAAACCCCUUCACUGGGCUAUCAAAUCCUGGCGGGAAAUCUACUGUUGGAAAACCGAGAGGCGUAGGAUCCCGCAAGUCCGUGACGGGAGGUCCUUCACUCGUGGCUAAACUCACCAAGGGCGGCAGGAAGUUCAACAGAUUCGGACCUGGAGGACGCAGGGACUUUGAUGACACCUUAGGACCUGAAGUGUGUGAGAGGGCAGGGCUCUUCCGGCACCCUGAUACCUGUGAUAAGUUCUACGAGUGUUAUUGGGACAAGUGGAUAGAAAGGUUCACUCUUCAUGUGUUCGAUUGUCCCAUUACCAUUGUAUACGACUCGGGCAUCACAGCGUGUAAUUGGCCUUUCAAUGGGCCCCCUUGUACAGACAGCUCCCAUGCUUAAAGGAACUGUUUCUAGGCGUUGAGUCUAUGUACUUGUAUAUUAAAAAAAAAAGACCUGAUUAUAAUUCUCAGAGAUAUUUAUAUAUUUUAUCCCCUAAACUGUAAUGGGAGAAUUGAUAACUGUGGCUGUCAAACUGAUUUUAAAAUUCCCCCAUGAGACAUCACCACGAUUCGUUAAACUCUCUCAUUACUUAUAGGAUAAAAUUAUAAUAUAACUCUUGGAUAAUUUAAACAACGAACUUUAUCAGGUCUAACUAUAAUUAAGUAUAGUAGGGCCGUAUUAAGCCUUAUUUUAUUAUACCAGUCCUUCACUUGGCACUGUCGACCAUUCCAUUAAAUACACCCCAAGAUAAGAUCAUGUUCAGUAUUACCAAGUCACAAAAACGAGACAAUAUCACCGUGAUCUUAUUAGAAACUCUUAUAUUAUUUAUUGAACUAAUUAUCCAUCUUAGAUAUUUAUUACUACGCUAUUUAUUGUGUAUUUAUUUAAUUUCACCAACUAGACUCAGAUUGGUUAGGUUAGGGUCUGGGAAGGUUAUUAGGACGUUCUUGUAGACGUGUGUGCCAAAACAACAACAAUACUCCUGCUAGCUUACCAUGGUGUGGCGGACAGCUGGUAUUGGCAACACUGUCAGAUGUAGUCACUACCAUUCAUCCGGGUUAUAUAAGUGAGAUUAUUUUCCUUCAAAUAUCUCUAAUCACAAGAAAUAAACCAAAAUACAAAACAAAAUUAAAUUAAUUAAACUGAAUCUCAUUUAUAACGAAUAAAUUGGUUCAUAAUCUAAAAUAAAUGAAUUAAUGUUUAUGCAUAAAAUUUUACUACUCCGUGAUAUAGUGAGGUGUGUUGACGUCACAUACAAAUGAUUAAUGUAUGCUGGGCUGUUAAAAUCUCUUUAAAGUUUACAAGAUUAAAUUAAAUCUUAACAGAACAUUAUGAAUAUUUGUAACGAUAAAGGAAUAUUAAUAUUCAUAUUUUUUUUUCUAUAAUGAUAUAUUAAAUUUGUAAUGGCUAAAUUGACGUUAAGAAUCAAGAACAAAUUUUUCAAGUUCACAAAAUGCUUAGAAAAGUAGAAUUUAGUCAUUUUUGUGUUUUAAUAUUUUUUUCUUCAGUAUUUCAAUAUUAUUCUACGCGUUUUUGAGAAUAAUAAUUAUUUUUUGGGUGGGUUAAGAUAAGGGAUUUUAUUUUUUUUUAAGAAUUAUAAUUAUUUUAAGGAUUUAAGGUUAGAAUAAAAUCCCUAUUACGAGAAAAGUAAGAAUUAAACCAAUUUUUCUCUCUACGCUUCCGUCUUUCAACAGUUGUGGUCUGCUAGGCUGUUCCCCGCUGUUUAUAUUCCUUAAAUACCUAAAAGAAGGUCCUAAAAAGGGUUCCAUACUUUAAUUUUAGGUUAGACGCAAUAAACUACGUCUUCUGUAGUUAAUUAAAGUAAUGAUUAUUUAUAACGAUUCAUUUUUUCCGUAAUAAUUAGCUCGCUGGGAUACGCCGAAGGUGCUUUAUAUAUUGCGUAUGUUGGUCAGGCCAGAACUGCCAACAGGGGACGCCAUCCUGGUAAAGGUUCAAUGCUUACUAUGCCUCCCCGUCCCUCUCCCUCUCCCUCUCCCUCUCUCCCCCUCUCUCUCCCUCUCUCUAUAUCAGCCAUGCAAUAUUCCUCUUAAGGUAAUUAUAGCAAUUGUUAGUCCAUGUUUUACAGUACUAUUGACCUGUGUAGACUUCUGCCUUUCUAAACACUUAUUUUUGUUCACAGGAAAUAUUGUAAAAUACUCUGUAAAAUAAUAAAUCCGCCAAUAUUUAUUUA